AUGAUUCUCACAGACUUGCCCACAGAGGUUUUGCUCCAGAUCACAAGUGAACUCGAUGAUGUCUUUGAAUUCAUCAGAUUGGCAAGUGUAUGCAAGAAACUCCAGCUUUUGGUCAAAUCUAUUGUUUUAAUAGUGUCAGAUUCUUCACAACAAAGCUCAUUAUUCCAAACCAUCUCUAAAGAUUUCAUCCAAUUACAAAUCAGAAACUCAUUAGAAUUCCAUAAUCAUUGGAGGAAAACUUUUGAAAAAUUCCAAUAUUUCAUAUUUGAAUAUCAUAGUGUUGAACUGAAUGCUGUAUUAGCUGAAUAUAUUUCACUUAUUACAGAUUUAAAAUCUAAACCUUCACAGAAAAUUGAUGUCAUUUAUAUGAAUUCCAAUGCUGCUACAAUAUCAAGAGCUAUCAUAUUUGAUCCAAGAACGUUUAUCCCCUCCAAGUUAAGUCAAGUUAGUAGAACUUUAUACUUUGGUGAUUCAGAUCAAGGUCUUAAUACAUUAUUGGGCGAUGGAUUUGCUCCAGAGGCUUUACUGUUAAUGGGUCACACAUAUCAUUUCGAUAGUAUUGAUCAUCUACCACAAUUAUAUGUCUAUGCAAAUCAGCGGUUCCCUUUUAAGAUCAUUUCAUCAAGUGUUACAUCAAUAGAUGGUAUAACGAAUGUUAAUGAUCAAUUACCAAGAUUUCCAACUUUAUCAAAUUUCCUGAAAUAUUCAUAUAUACCUAAUUUAAAUUCAUUAAUUGGAAUUGGGAUUGAAAGUGGUACAAGUCUUGAACUUUUCCAAAGAUUUCAAAAUUUGAAAACAUUAGAAUUAGAUUCUGUAUUCACAAGUGAUGUUAGAAAUUCAAUAAAUCAUCCUAAAGUUACAUUACCAAACCUUUCAAAACUUAAAAUAUCUGGGAAUUCAAUUUCAUUAUCAAAUAUAUCAUUACCAAACUUGAAAAUAUUAGAUAUAACAAUAAGAGGUUCAACAACUGAACGAGUUUUUGAUUCAAUUUUAGUAAUUCAAGAUUUACAAACCCCCAACUUGGAAGAAUUAUACAUAUCAUCAUCAAAUGUUCCAAAUGGUCCAUUAUACAUCCUUAGCCACAUAGAUCUAUCAAACUUGAGACUACUUUAUGUUUUCAGUAGUACAUUAUCAACAUUCCCAAAACUUGAAUAUUUUUCAUUCCCAAAAUUGAAAGAAGUUAAAUUAGGUACAUUUUAUGUAUCACAAGAUGAUUUAUUUGAAUUACAACCUUUCAAACUUGAUGCACCAAACUUGAGAAUCUUAAAUUUAAAGAAUUUAGAAUCUUUUAAUAACGUUUUAUUAAAUAAUGUACCAUUUAAAGGACUUGAAGAAUUAUACAUCCAAUUAAAAGUUCACCCAGAAGAACAGAAUUAUGAAUUUACAACUUCAAAUUUCCCAGAUUUGAAAAUAUUAAACAUGGGAUUCUUUAAUAAAUUUGGUAAAUUAGUAACAAAUAAUAUUAAAUUGAAAAUAAAUUUACCAAAAUUAAAGAAAUUAAGUACUAAAAAUGAAGUAUUAGAUUGUAUUGAUGGGGAUCUUGAAGGUGUUGAAAUUGAAAAAUUAGAAAAUACAAGUUUUGCUAGAUUGAAUCUGGGACGUCAAUGA